CUUUUCUCGUAAAUCUAUUUUGUGUGCCUCGGAUGGAUAUGCCUCAGCAUCACUAGAAAGUAGUUCCGCGGAGCGAGGGACUAGGAAGAUCACCUUGAGCUGGUCCAACAGCCGGCGCACACAUCGUUCCACUCGAGUGACACAUCGAGCUCAGGACUUCUCCAGUUGCACCAGGGAUCAAUAUGCCUCAGUCAAAGUCUUUAGACAUGGGCUCCGCCUUCAUCCAGACACAGCAGCUCAACGCUGCCACGGCCGACACCUUCCUGGAACACUUGUGCCUGCUGGACAUCGACUCUGAGCCCACAACCGCACGCAACACGGGCAUCAUCUGCACCAUUGGGCCAGCUUCUCGUUCUGUGGAUACGCUGAAGGAGAUGAUCAAGUCUGGGAUGAACAUUGCUCGCAUGAACUUCUCGCAUGGCACACAUGAGUACCACGCAGAGACCAUCAAGAACGUGCGUGAGGCAUGUGAGAGCUUCGAGCCUGGCAGCAUCCAGUACAGGCCCAUUGGCAUCGCACUGGACACCAAGGGCCCAGAGAUCAGGACUGGCCUCAUCAAAGGAAGUGGAACAGCUGAGGUGGAGCUGAAGAAGGGCAACAUGAUCAAGAUUACUUUGGACGAUGCCUUUCAAGAAAACUGCAGUGAUGAGAUCCUCUGGCUUGACUACAAGAAUAUUCCCAAUGUGGUGGAAAUUGGCAGCAAGAUCUACAUUGACGACGGACUCAUGUCGCUGCAGGUUAAGGAGAUUGGCUCUGACUUCCUCAUAUGCGAGAUUGAGAACGGUGGAACCCUGGGCAGUAAGAAGGGAGUGAACCUCCCGGGUGCUGCCGUCGACCUGCCUGCGGUUUCGGAGAAGGAUGUCCAGGACCUGCAGUUCGGUGUGGAGCAGGGAGUCGACAUGGUGUUUGCCUCCUUCAUCCGCAAAGCAGCAGACGUGCACGCCGUCAGGGCUGUGCUCGGAGAGAAAGGAAAAGACAUUAAGAUCAUAAGCAAGCUUGAGAACCACGAGGGUGUACGCAGAUUUGACGAGAUCAUGGAGGCCAGUGAUGGCAUCAUGGUUGCCCGUGGUGACCUGGGUAUUGAGAUCCCCACAGAAAAGGUCUUCCUAGCCCAAAAGAUGAUGAUCGGCCGCUGCAACAGAGCCGGCAAACCGAUCACAUGUGCCACUCAGAUGUUGGAGAGCAUGAUCAAGAAACCCCGACCAACUCGUGCUGAGGGCAGCGACGUAGCCAACGCUGUGCUGGACGGAGCCGACUGCAUCAUGCUGAGCGGAGAGACCGCCAAGGGAGACUACCCCCUGGAGGCAGUGCGCACACAGCAUAUGAUCGCUCGUGAAGCAGAGGCAGCGAUGUUCCACCGGCAGGUGUUCGAGGACCUGCGUAGGUCCACGCCGCACUGCAAAGACCCCGCCGAGGCGAUUGCAAUCGGCGCCGUCGAGGCCUCCUUUAAGAGCUUGGCCUCUGCGAUGAUUGUGCUCACGGGCUCUGGAAGGUCCGCCCACCUGAUCUCCAGGUACAGGCCUCGUGCCCCCAUCCUUGCCGUGACCCGUAAUGCCCAGACAGCCCGCCAAGCUCACCUGUACCGCGGCAUCUUCCCUGUGCUCUACACCAAGCCUGCCCACGACGUGUGGGCAGAGGACGUGGACAUGCGCGUCAACUUUGCCAUGGAUAUGGGUAAAGUCCGUGGCUUCUUCAAAGAGGGAGAUGUUGUCAUCGUCCUGACUGGCUGGCGUCCUGGCUCCGGUUACACCAACACCAUGCGUGUGGUUCUGGUUCCCUGAACAGCCAAACCGGGCUGCUCCGCUUUCUCCCUUCACCUUCAUCCAUCUUUCAUAGCUCCCCACAAGCUCACAGCCUUUCACAUCCAACAUCCAGGAUCACAGAUUCCACCCCUGGACAAUGUAACAUUUAGGCAAUAAUGGAAAAAAAAUGAAAAAAACUAAAGUAGUGUAUAGCCCUUCUGUAUAAUUCCACCUUAUUUCCAUUCCUUUCACACCGAUUUUCUCUCAGUCCCACCAGUCUUCAGGGCCUCAGACGAAUACACCCUAACAAGAAACUGCUGUAUUUAUUCAUUGAAAACUCUUGUAUUGUUUAAAGUAAAACCAGUCAGCGAGUUAAUUCAUCCUGGUUCGUGUCCAUGCGCUUACUGGCUCAUGUUUAGGUGGGGUAGUGGUGGGGCAGACUGAUAUUAACAGAGCGCCUUGAUAAUUCUAAACAGUUAUUAAUUACACUCCGCUUCCGCCUAUACGAACAAACUUGUGGCUAUCAAAAAUAAAAGGGCUCCUCCUGCAGCGCAGCCUCAGCUCCACAGCCCCGCCCAAACGGAUCCUUCUGUAGUGCCGUCUGUAUGAAGUGUCCUCUCUUAAAUGCCAGCUCUCUCUGUAUUUAAGUGUCUGUGUAAGUGUUGCACUCCUGAUCUACUCCAGACAAUGUUACAAUCUUUAUAUUAUACUUGACUUUUGUGAAUGGUGGUUUUUUGUUGUUGUGGGACAUCCGAUACUACGCAUAUUUUGUCUGACUUUAGAGAAAUGUUAGUUUUGGAUGUCCCGUACUGAGGCGUGUGAGCUAGUUACUGUAUUUGUGUUAUUAGCUGUAUCAUAAAGUCUUUACAUUUUUCUUCACAUCUGGAUCAUAUUUAAGUUGGCACUUAAGAAUCAUAUGGGUCAUCAAAGUUGACUGAAAUAAAUGAGCACUUUUAGGGUUGUUUCACAGGAGACCGAUGUAGGGAUGAAGCCCGUCCCUCAGUCCCAGCGAGUGAUGAGUAGAGUCCCCUUAGCUAGUCUUACCCCUUCUACAUCAGUGACCUAGCCAACUUCAUGUGUCUGACUCUGCUUUUGAUUGUAAUGCUAAAAUUGUGAGAACUAACAUAAACGUAAGGGGUAUUAUAAUGUUAAGCUUGGGUACUGAGCUGUCCGACAAGACUGGAGUUCCAUCAAUAAAAAGAGAUGAUCACCUA